UGGAUCAGAAAUCCAAAUCCGUUUGUCAGCUCCGCCCUCUCCAUCAGUCGCCUAACUGGAUUCCCAGCUUUCGCUACUGCUGACCCGCCUCCCGCGAUGAUGGUAGCCUCCGCCUCCUCGAUUCACGCUGCUCCAGCAACCACGCCGCAGGUCUCCGCCGCCGCCUUCGCCGCUUCUUCCUCCUCUCGCAGACAGCUUGCUUCCGCCUCCUUUCCACUUCCAUCGAGGCCCACGAAACGUCUUCUCUUCCCCGACAAGGGAUUGGCGUUCCGCCGAGACCACCCUAUCACUGCGAAGGUCAAAUUGAAUGAGGUUGUUGGUGGAUCCGCCAACGAUGCAGCAUCGCCUGAGAACAAGGCAGAAAUAUCAGCACCAAAAGGGAAGGAUGUGAAAGAUGAACAAUUUUCACUACCUUCGGCUCCAAUGUCAGAGAAGGCCACAGCUGAGUUUAUGUCUCAAGUCAUAAACCUAGUGAAACUUGUUGACUCAAGGGACAUUUCUGAACUGCAGCUGAAGCAAAAUAAUUGUGAGCUUAUCAUUCGGAAAAAGGAGGCUUUGCCUCGGUCUCAACCAGCACAAGUUGUUAUGAUGCAACCCCCUGUGCCUGCUUUAUCAGCAGUUCCACAAGCAUCUCCUGUCACUGCUCUGCCUUCACCUUCUCCUGCAUCACCGGCACCUCCUAUGCCUGCAUCUACCCCUAAGGCUUUAAAGACAUCGCAUCCUCCACUUAAGAGUCCUAUGGCAGGGACAUUUUACAGAAGCCCUGGUCCAGGACUGCCUUCUUUUGUUAAAAUUGGUGAUAAAAUCAACAAGGGACAAGUACUCUGCAUUAUUGAAGCUAUGAAGCUGAUGAAUGAAAUUGAAGCUGAUCAGGCUGGAACAAUUGUUGAAAUAUUGAUUGAAGAUGGCAAACCUGUGGGUGUAGAACAGCCAAUUUUUGUAAUUGAACCUUAAAGUUGCAACAUACCGGGCUAUGGUAGCUCAAAUCAGUUUUUGUCCUUUUUAGUUUCUUCCUGCGCUGGUGACAGGUAACUUUGCUGAGAUGGUGAUACUUGAUCGAGUGCUUUAGCCUUUAGUCACAGAAAUGUUUUUCCCCUUCAAAAUGCAAUAAAAUAAUCGUGUUAUCUUUGUAUCAAGUUAACAUCAAAUUAACCUUUGAGACUUUGGAAUUGAACCAUAUCCUCUUUUUUUUUUUUUUAAAUAUCUUUUUGACUACUUUUUAUUGUAGUAACCCAUUUGAAUGUUAAUCU